CCCGGACGCAUGCACAGAAAUUCAUAUUAUAUAAUACACAGCGCGUGGUGGAUUUUCAUUAUACUUGUCCAGUCGAGAUAAUCGCCACUUCGCAGACUUUACAAUGGAAAAAGCAAUCUUAGGGAAAUGGGAGACGGAUCAGGAGCACGGCAAAAACAAGGGGUUUGAAGAAUACCAUAUUGCUAUUGGGCUGGACGAUAAAGUAAGGGAACAAUUCAGCACAAUCAGGGAUACUCUAGAGUAUGUCCAGGACGGGGACAACAUUACCUGUAACGUAAUCAUCGGCGGAAAUGUUUUAAAGACUUACACAGGUAUCCAAAAGGACAAGGAAGUGACAAUAACUGGCGUCGACGGAAAACCGUGCUUGUUCUGUUACCGCAUAGAGAAUGGUAUAUGGGUAGAAACCUACAAACCCGGAGAUGGAAAGGGUGUGGUGGUGGAAACAACAAAGGUUGUCAAAGGAAACAAAUUGACCAUUACUCACACCGUGAAAGGCAAAGGUGUCACGUACUCCUAUACAGCCACCAAACAAUAGAACCAAAGGACAAUUAACCGAAUAUUAUCAUGUGUUGAAAACAAUGACAUGUAAGAGAAGCAUCGUGUUUAUGAAGAAUGUAAAGAAUAAACUUCAUUUGUUCUG